CCGGAGGCAAGGGGCGGGCGCUUGUGCCCGGCUGAAAGAUGGCUGCCGCCGCUCGGCAGCCGCCGCCCCGGAGGUUACUCUAGGGCCUGCAGUUUCCCUUCGUUACCGCGGGCCGCCGCCGCCAACUUACCAUGAAGCCAGUGAGUCGCCGCACCCUGGAUUGGAUUUAUUCAGUGUUGCUCCUCUCGAUCGUGUUGCUCUCCUGGGGAUAUGUCAUCUAUGCAUCAACAGUGGCCGCACGACGACAGCUAAGCAAGGAAUUCCCAGACAGAAAUCUCGGGGAUGAAUGAAAAUUUGUAGUUUCUCUGGAUUUAAUUCUGUGCACACAGUUCUUUAUCUGAUGCUUAUCUGGCACGUGUCUAGAUUUAAAGUAAAAUCCAUUAUGCAAAGUUUCUCAAAUUUA